AUGGAACGUAUAGCUAAUUUACAAGCGAUGCGCGACACUCUCACUGAUGAGCAAUAUGAGAAAAUGCACGAUGAUGUCGUCAGAGAGGAUGAGGCAAUCGAAUAUGAUGAAGAUGAGAAGGAAUUUCGCGAAUUAUAUGCAACCAUAUGUAUAGAUUACUUGAAGAAGGCUGACCAGAAUAGGGGGGAUUCAACUUCCCGGAUGACAGGACGGCUGCCUCCGACAAGACCUCCAGAUCAGUCACCACUGGGUCCAAAAACAGCGUUUAGAUCGCCCUCGCCUGGAAGUUCGCCGCUCAAAUCACCUGGACAGUCGACCGUGGAUUCUGAAGAGCAUCAAGUAGCGUCGAAGGCUGAGGAAGAUCACAUUAGCGGCCAGUUUGUAAAAGAUUCUUCUACUCCGUUGCGGGAUGCAUCCCCGGCUACCUCUAUUGAUGAGCCACCAAAAACGGCACCAUCCCGAACUGAGACCCGUCGUAGCAGUGCUCGUAACGAACCUGAGAAGGCACAAAGCACAGCUGAAAAGGAGUCGUCUAUUCAUGUUGUGGAUAGCCCAGCAGGGCGUGUAAGAGGAGCUCGGCGUCCUGUGGCUGUAGAGUCUCCUUUGGUGGCUAAGUCGAGUGCGCGCAGUAGUGCUGGAGCUGAUGUGAAGAGAGAGGAUGUGAGGGAGGAUGCGAAAAGGUGAGG